UUCUUUCUUAUUGCAGCUCAAAGGAUGAGACUUAUGAAAGAGGUUCGAGGCAGAAAUCAAACAGAAGUGACAGAAUUUCUCCUCUUAGGACUUUCCGACAAUCCAGAUCUACAAGGGGUCCUCUUUGCAUUAUUUCUGUUAAUCUAUAUGGCAACCAUGGUGGGCAAUUUGGGGAUGAUUGUAUUGAUUAAGAUUGAUCUCUGUCUCCACACUCCCAUGUACUUCUUUCUCAGUAGCCUCUCUUUUGUGGAUGCCUCUUACUCUUCUUCCGUCACUCCCAAGAUGCUGGUGAACCUCAUGGCUGAGAAUAAGGCCAUUUCUUCUCAUGAAUGUGCUGCCCAGUUCUACUUCUUUGGCUCCUUCCUGGGGACUGAGUGCUUCCUGUUGGCGAUGAUGGCAUAUGACCGCUACGCAGCCAUUUGGAAUCCCCUUCUCUACCCAGUACUCAUGUCUGGGAGAAUUUGCUUUUGGCUAAUAGCUACCUCCUUCCUAGCAGGUUUUGCAAAUGCAGCCAUACACACAGGGAUGACUUUUAGAUUGUCCUUUUGUGGCUCUAAUAGGAUCAACCAUUUCUACUGUGAUACCCCACCGCUGCUCAAACUCUCUUGCUCUGAUACCCAUGUCAAUGGCAUUGUGAUCAUGGCUUUCUCAAGUUUUAAUGUCAUCUGCUGUGUUAUGAUUGUCCUCAUUUCCUACCUGUGUAUCUUCAUUGCCAUCUUGAAGAUGCCUUCGUUAGAGGGCAGGCACAAAGCCUUCUCCACCUGUGCCUCUCACCUCAUGGCUGUCACCAUAUUCUUUGGAACAAUCCUCUUCAUGUACUUGCGCCCUACAUCUAGCUACUCAAUGGAGCAGGACAAGGUUGUCUCUGUCUUUUAUACAGUAAUAAUCCCUAUGCUAAAUCCCCUCAUCUAUAGUUUAAAAAAUAAGGAUGUAAAAAACGCCCUAAAGAAGAUCUUACAGAAACACAUCUUGUAAAGCCAUGUCACACAUCAUUUGUUAUGAAGAAGAAAACACAUUUUCAUGUUAAUUGUAUUCUCUGAUUGUUUAAGUUGUUUCUCUGUGUUAAAGUAGAUAAUUUAAGAUGAAGUAUACUUUUAAAUACCCUAGUAUAAUACACACACACACACAC